AUGUUGGAGAAGUUCAAGAGACACAUGAGUAAGUGUUUUCUGAUGAAAGACCUCGGCAAAGCAAAGUACUUUCUUGGCAUAGAGAUUGCAAGAGGACCUGAAGGGAUGUUUCUUUCACAGAGAAAAUAUGCUCUUGAUAUUGUAAGUGAAGUUGGGAUGCUGGCAAGUAAACCUGUGUCGAAUCCAAUGGAGGUGAAUCACAAACUUCUGCAAGUUGAUAGUAAAAGCACGAGCCCUUUCUGCAAAGAGCCCGUGAAGUUUUGGAGACUGGUAGGACGACUCGUUUACCUAACUAUAACGAGGCCUGAUUUGAGUUAUUCUGUGCACGUGCUGUCGCAAGUAAUGCAUAAGGCAAGGGAGGAGCAUUGGGAUGCUGCGAUAAGAGUUAUUAAAUAUGUGAAAGGAAGCCCUGGCCAAGGCAUCCUGCUGAGAGCUGAUAGUGAUCUUAAGAUUCGCGCAUUUUGCGACUCGGACUGGUGUGGAUGUUCCCGAACUAGGAGAUCAUUGUCAGCGUACAUGGUGUUGUUAGGGAACUCGCCUGUGGCGUGGAGGACCAAGAAGCAGGAUACCGUGUCACAUUCUUCCGCUGAGUCUGGAUAUAGGGCAAUGUCGGAUGCGUUGAAAGAACUGAAGUGGUUGAAGAGACUGCUGGCUGAUCUUUGCGUGAGACAUGAGGAGCCGAUGGACUUGUAUUGUGAUAGUAAGUCAGCCAUCUAUAUUGCAGCGAACCCGGUAUUUCAUGAGCGUACGAAGCACAUAGAGAAGGAUUGUCACAGUGUGAGAGAUGCAGUCAAGGCCAAGCUGAUAGCUACGAGACACGUGAGGACAAAUGAACAGUUGGCGGAUAUACUAACGAAAGCCUUGGGGAGCUCUGCAUUUCAUUACUUGUUGUCCAAGUUCGGAGUGUGUAAUCCACAUGCUCCGACUUGA